AUGCCCUCAAUAGCCCCCUUCCUGCGCACAACGCCUCUCUUCACUAUAUCGCUCCUCCUACGACUAGGUCUUCUCUUCUAUGGCAUCUACCAAGAUGCUCACUCAGCUCUAAAAUACACAGACAUUGACUAUCUCGUCUUCACCGACGCUUCGCGCUUUGUUGCAGAUGGUCAAUCGCCGUACGCCCGCGACACAUACCGUUACACGCCUCUCCUAGCCUGGAUUUUACUCCCGACUGUUCGCUUCCCCGCCUUCGGCAAGCUCGUCUUUGCUGCGGCAGAUCUUCUCGCAGGGUGGCUUAUUCUGCGCGUGCUUAGAAGAAGGGGUAUGGAUGAGGCCACCGCUGGAGGAUUCUCUGCUUUGUGGUUAUGGAACCCAAUGGUUGCGACUAUCAGCACUCGCGGAAGCUCGGAGGGUCUGUUGGGAGUUUUGACUAUGGGUUUACUAUGGGCUGUUGAUAGGCAAAAGUUCAGCCUUGCGGCUAUCAUUCUGGGACUGUCGGUUCACUUCAAGAUCUAUCCCUUCAUCUACGCACCGGCGAUUGUCUGGUGGAUGGAUGAUGCGCGUUUGGGAAAGGAGACAAAGCCUGCUCCUCAGUCUUCAUCGGUCAAAGAUGCAGUCGCAAACUUCUUCACACCAGAUCGUCUCAAGUUUGGUCUUCUCAGCCUCAUAACCUUCAUGAUUCUUAAUCUCGUCAUGUUUGCUAUUUAUGAGACUCCGUUCCUUGUUCAUACUUACUUUCAUCACGUUACAAGGAUUGAUCAUCGCCACAACUUCUCGCCCUACAACGUCUUGCUGUAUCUCACAUCCGCAACCCCCGCUCACGCAGCACCUGCGUUCCGUAUCGAGUCAUUUGCUUUUCUCCCGCAGCUCCUUUUAUCAUGCGUUCUUAUCCCUCUCGCCCUCGCCAAGCGCGAUCUUGCGACAUCCAUGAUGGCUCAGACCUUUGCCUUUGUUACAUUCAACAAGGUUUGCACUUCUCAGUACUUCCUUUGGUACAUGAUCUUCUUACCCCUCUAUCUCCCCAACUCAUCCUUCCUACGCAAUGGCAAGCUCGGCAUCUUUGCACUGUUGCUCUGGAUUGUCUCUCAGGCAGCUUGGUUGCAACAAGGAUACGAGCUCGAGUUUCUCGGCGUCAGUACAUUUUACCCGGGCCUUUGGCUUUCCUCGGUUGUCUUUUUCCUGGUCAACUGUUGGAUCUUGGGCGUAAUUAUCAGUGACGGCGCUCGUCAGUCGACUAGAUCAACUGUCAAGUUCCAUGUUGAGUAG